AACGCUUUCCGCUGUUCCCAUUGGCUCACGUAGCCGUUCGGUCCCCAGUGUAGCAGGGCGUCUUCUCUCUGCUCACUUUUAGUUUUAUACUAAUAUUUUAUUAAACAGUGUUGGAAACAUUUGGACUAAAGGCGCCAUUUUAAGUGUUCGCUUUCAUGGAUUUCACCGCCUGAUCUCAUUAACACCGACGAUCCCGGGACUCACAUUCAUCCUGUCUGGAUAUGAACGCAGAGAUUAGCUUCACUUUAGCUCCAGUUUUACUGCAGUAGAUAGAGAGUGGAGCUGCAUCACCACUGUGUUAGACAGACAGACAGACACCUGGCUGCUGGGUCCAGAUGGGGAACAGUGCACUGAAGUCUCAUCUGGAAACCUCCCAGAAGACUGGGGUGUUCCAGCUGACAGCGAAGGGACUGCAGGAGUUUCCUGAGGAGCUGCAGAGACUCACCGCUAACCUGCGGACAGUCGACCUGUCAGGGAACAAGAUCGAGGUUCUUCCUGCCGGCAUUGGAAACUUCCUGCAGCUCAAGAGUCUGACGCUGAACUCCAACAGACUCACCAGUGUUCCCAGUGAAAUCGGAAAGCUGAAGAAGCUGGAGACUCUGAGUCUGAAUGGGAACCGGAUCCAGCAGCUGCCCCCGACUCUGAACCAGCUCAAAGCCCUGCGGACCCUCAGCCUGUCUGGGAACCAGAUCUCUGAGUUCCCCGCAGGACUUGGAGCCCUGAGGCACCUGGACCUGCUGGACCUGUCCCGCAACCAGAUCCAGAACGUCCCCACAGCCGUGUCAGAGCUGCAGGCCAUCGAGAUCAACCUCAACCAGAACCAGAUCUCGAUGCUGUCAGAGGAGGUGUCCAAGUGUCCCCGUCUGAAGGUCCUCCGUCUGGAGGAGAACUGUCUGGAGCUGUCGUCCAUCCCCCAGUCCAUCCUGAGGGACUCGCAGGUGUCUCUGUUCUCUGUGGAGGGAAACCUCUUUGAGGUGAAGACCCUCAGAGACCUGGAGGGCUACGACAAGUACAUGGAGCGUUUCACAGCCACCAAGAAGAAGUUCGCCUGAAGACACUCGAUGACGAGUCUUAACGUCAGAGCCCAACCUGGAGGCGGGGUCAGCUGAGACUCCGCCCACCACCACCCCUGCUGCUGCUUCUUCUGCUGCAACAAACAAACAGUAAUAAUGGACCUCAUACAGCCGGGACAGUCCUCCUUACAGCACCACCCCUCUACCCCCACCCUCGCCUUCUGCUGCUGCUGCUGGAUGAAGAACGGACCUGCUGCUUCCUGUCUGACUCAUUUAACCUGCAGACAGACAGACAGGUGGACAGACAUGGCGGCCUCUGGGAGUUUCACACGGAAACAGACGACAUGAAGAAACAGAUUUAACACGAGAGGAGGAGGAGGAGGAGAUGAUGAAGGUGGUGAACCUUCACUGUGUUUCCAGUCGACAGCAGAGACUCAGGGACGCGUUCACGUUAACACAACGUUCACUAACGUUCACUCUGAUGUUUGUCUCUUUAAUUUAUUGUCUCCUUUAACCGUUAACUUCCUCUGAAUAUAAACACAAACAUUCAGACACAAACAUUUCAUCAGCUGGGAAUAAAAACAGAAACUCUGAUGUUUAGAGACUGAACAGAGGACACAGAGGAGUUUAAUGAUGAUGAUGAUGAUGAUGAUGAAUGUAAGCUGAUUCCCAACAUGCUGUUUGCCUUAUUUAAGUGGGAAACAUCUUCAUCAUUACAUCUCUGUGAAACAUGUGGAGCCCGUUUCCACCAGGAAAACAGAUGAUUUAGAGCUGAAAGGAUGAAUUAAAGUCAAUAUUUAAGCAACAACGCAACAAAAAACAAACCACUGUUUUCUGAUAUGACUCUCUGCUGGUUUCACAGUCGGGUUUUUGACUGUUGGUCGGACGUGAAGACGUCACUUUGGACUUUUUUUCCCAGCUUUUACACCAUUGAUCAAUAAUUAGCAGAUGAAUUUGAAAAUAAUCAGUACUUAGGAAAACUACUUGAUAAUUCAGAGUAAAAAUAAAGAGAGAAAUUAACUUUGUUUGUGAAUAGAAGCAGAUAAAAUCAUCUUUUAGUGUAUUUAAUUGUAGUUUGCAGCAUCUAUAAAUAGUGCGAUAUAGCAUGUUUUCUGGAAAAUCAAAAGUCUGACAAAGUAGUUAAACAAGCUCUGAUUAUUGAUCCACUUAUUUAACAUGAAAAAAACACAAUAUUAUCGUCUUCCUCCAUGUUGCUUUUAUUAGUAGUUGAACAUUUUUCAUGUGAAACAAAAACACAUGAAGAAGAAGAAGCUCUGAAUGUGACGAAGACAGAUUAAAAGAAACAUUUAGAUGAAACGUUGCAGCACAAAAGUGUAUUAAAACAAAAUUACAUGAUAGAAUGUGACUCACACAGUCGAUGUGUUUGAGAGGAGUUAGGGAUGCAAGAUAAAAUCGGCACGUCAUCGUUAGCGGCUUUAAAAUGAACGAUCAGAAUCGGCCAACAUGGUUUUUCUUGUUUUGCACAAUGACUGAAUAUUACAGACACUGAAAAGUGUUUCACGUCUCCAUCUGCUGGUGGGACAUCAUUUUCAGAGCAUGUAUGUAUAAUAUGAUGUUAAUUCCACUACAGAGGAGACUUGAUGAUCACUAAAUUAGGUGUGGAAAAAUAGUGGAUAUAUUGAUAUUGGUUAUCAGCCAAAUGAGUUGUUGUAUAUUGGCAAAAAAUCCAAUAUUGUGGCCCAAGAGGAAUUGACUGUAUAUAAUCUAUAAGAGGUUUUAUUCUUGUUUCUCAAACAACAGGUUUAUUUCUUUAGCUGUGAAGAAUAUCUAUAAUUCAAAAUUUAGUGUUUUUGUUGCAUGUUUUUGCAAAAAACAGAAAAGAUUUCCAUACGAUGAACGUCGUUCACGUGACUCAUGUUUGAGUUAAAGUAAAAAAAUAUAUUGUGAAGACAGAGCAGGACUGUUGGAAUAUAUUAGAUUUUUCCUCCAGUUUGUUCUCCUCCUGGUGGAAACGAGCUCCUGCAGAGACGUUUGAGCGUCUGAAUCCUGAAUUUAAACUGAAACAGCAUUAAUAUUUAAUUUAUUAAAAUCCUUCUGAGAGCAGACGCACAAACACAACAUCACUUUCUCUGCUGGUGUUUAAUAUAAUUUCUUUCUGUGUUUUAUUCUUUCAUGUUUCUGGAUUUGAGACGAAGGUUUGUAAAGUUUCUGCUUCAGUGUGAAACAGCUGAUGAGUUUGUUUCAUUUGAUCUCAGCUCAGUUUGACACUUAUAAUGUGAAUAAUGAGCAGAGUUCAGUGAGGAGGAAGAAGAGGUCGUUAGUGUCCGAGGAUUGAAGGAAUUUAUAGUUUUUAUGGAGGAUUACAAAUGACUUAAGUAUCAAUAAAUAAUUAAAUAUAAGUUACAGGAAUAAAUCCAUGAAUAUAGAAAUAAUACAUUUAAUUCAGAAAUAAAUGUUGAAUUUAACAGGAUGCAAAAAUAAAUGUCUUAAAUUAAUUUCUGUUUUUUAAAAGAUAUAUCUGUGUGUCUGUGUCCGAGAGGACGGAGAUCAUAAUGUCUGUAUUUAUUGAAUUAUUUAUGCAUUUAUUUUUUCUGUAUUAAUUGAUUUGUUCCUGUAAUUAUUUAUUGAUACUAGUGUCAUUUUUAAGACCUUUAAUUGUGUAUCAACAUUCUGGGAUCAUUUCACAUUAACACACACACACACACGUUAAAGUUUUAUUGACCAUG